AUCCCCUCCGAAAAUCCCAAGUCCAGGCCAUUAAUCAGAGCGCGCCACGUCCGACGCCAUUCCACACACUUCCCCACCGCCUGCCUGCUCUGCUCUGCUUCCUCCUCCCUCCCCCGCCCCCGCCCCAAAACCCUAGCCGCCGCAACCUGUUCCUUCUCCUCCGGUGUUCACUUCCUCGUCGCCCGCGUGAUACGCGCGCAGGAGAGCAUCCCCCGGGAGCGCGGCCCGCCGCUGUCCCCGGCGUGCCGGCAUGGAGGAGAGGCCAUAGAUCGCCGGCAGGCGCCUCCGCCGCCGCCGGACGCGGCGGCGGAGCAGGCUGGGGGCUCCCAGGAGCUGCAGCUCCCGGCGGACAUCGACUGGGAGCGGCUCGACAAGUCGCGCUUCUUCUUCCUCGGCGCGGGGCUCUUCUCCGCCGUCUCGACCGCGCUGUACCCCGCCGUCGUCCUCAAGACGCGCCUGCAGGUCGCGCCGGAGCCUCCCCCGGCGCACGCCGCGACGGGGGCGCGGCCGGGGCUCCCGCCCUCCGCCGCCGCCGCGGCCACCACCAUCCUGCGCCGGGAGGGCCCCCUCGCCUUCUACCGUGGCUUCGCCACCUCCCUCGCCGGGACCGUCCCCGCGCGCGCGCUCUACAUGGGCGCGCUCGAGGCCACGCGCUCCGUCGUCGGCCCGGCCGCGCUCGGCCUCGGCGCGCCUGAGCCCGCUGCGUCCGCGGCCGCGGGCGCCGCUGCCGGGCUCACCGCCGCCGUUGCCGCGCAGGUUGUGUGGACGCCCGUCGAUGUCAUCAGCCAGCGCCUCAUGGUGCAGGGCAACCCGUGCCCGGCCUCCCGCUACCACGGCGGCCUCGACGCAUUCCGCAAGAUCGUGGCCUCCGACGGUCUCUGCGGCCUGUACCGCGGCUUCGGCAUGUCCAUCCUAACCUACGCCCCCUCCAAUGCCGUGUGGUGGGCGACUUACUCACUGUCACAGAAGAUAAUCUGGAGCGGGAUUGGCUGCUACCUCUGCGAGUACGGUGUGGGUGUGCAAGAAAUCGACGACGGCGACGGUGACAUCUCGUUGCAGCCAAGCUGCAAGACACUCAUGGUGGUGCAGGGAACGAGUGCCGCGAUAGCCGGUGGCGCCGCGGCCCUUGUGACCAUGCCGCUGGACACCAUCAAGACCAGGAUGCAGGUCAUGGACGGCCAAGGCGAGCCAAUCACCAUUGGGCGGACGGUGCGGGAGCUGAUCAAGGAAGGCGGGUGGGGCGCGUGUUACAGGGGGCUCGGCCCGAGGUGGGCGUCCAUGUCCUUGUCUGCCACUACCAUGAUCACCACGUAUGAGUUCCUCAAGCGCCUCUCGGCGAAGAAGGGGCAGGAGAGUGGCGUCCCAUGACUUCUGAUGGCAAGUUAUAUAGAUAAUGCAAAUUAGGUUCCUUCCCUUGGUUUGUUUCGUUCCUUUCCACAGCUUAUCUGAUCUUUCAGGUGUUGAAAAGAAAAUGGUGAUCAAGUGUUUGUAGAUAGUGUCUUCGUUUGUAACUCCAAAUCAAUCAACGAAAUCCACUUUAUUUCUGGUA